GUGAAUUUGAACCUAGUGGUGCGACCAAGACUCGCGUAGAGAACGGCAAGGAGACUCCUGAGGAUGUCGAGGAGAAUGAUGAUGAAGAGGGUGAAAAUGUGGAUAAGAGUAGAGAGGAUGUUGAAUGCCCCCUGAAAUUGAAGUUAAAAAUUCAUUCAAGUAUUACAACGAAAAUCUUGCCGCAACUUCAUAAGUGCUUAACGAAGAAGGUUCGUUAGCUGCUGUUGUUUUUCUCGCGAAAAUUUCUCGAAUUUUCCCAGAAAAAAGCCAGAACUCUGUUUUCAAAUUCCAGAACUCCCUUUCCAAAUGCCAAAACUCAGUUUUCAAAUGCCAGAACUACCUUUUGAAACGCCAGAAUUCUGUUUUCAAAUGCCAAAACUCUGUUUUGAAAUGCCAGAUAUACCGUUUUGAAAUGCCAGAAUUUCUUUUUCAAAUGCUAAAACUCCGUUUUCAAAUGCUAUAACUCCGUUCUCAGAUGCCAAAACUCAGUUUUCAAAUGCCAGAACUACCUUUUCAAAAGCCAGAACUCCGUUUUCAAAUGCUAAAACUCUGUUCUCAAAUGACCAGAACUCCGUUCUCAAAUGCCAAAACUCAGUUUUCAAAUGCAAGAACUUACAUUUCAACGGCCAGAAUUCCGUUUUCAUAUGCUAAAACUCUGUUAGUUUCAAAUACGGACUUUACGGUCUUGCUUAGUUCGUUAAUAUGUCGGAUCUUAAACGGUAUCAAACUGUAUUUACACUUCAGAUUCAAUCGAGUGAUUUCCAUCGCCUGAGUGGUAGAAAGGAGGAUGACGAAGACGAGAUACUACGAGUUCCCAUCGUAUUGGCCAUGAUUAAACUGUUGCAGUCUCUGCCCAAGAAAACGCUGGAAACAAACCUGCCUGGGUAA